GGAGAUCAGAGCCUCUCAUCCUCUCGCCUGCAAACCCCAUCCAUCUCGUCUUACCAUCGCGGCCGCGCUCCCGCGCCCACGCCCAUGGCGUCUCUCUACCACUCACUCUCCCCGCCGCCUUCCAACUGCCAUGGCGUCCUCUCCCUGCCCCCUCGGAACGCGGCUCUCUUCGCCUGCCAGUGUAAAGCACCACCGCAAGACGACCACGACGCGCAGCUGCUCCACGCGCUCGAGUCCAACGGCAACGGCAGCCUCCUCAGAGAACAGCAUACUGCGUCGCCGGCGCAACUCAUCGAUACGGGAUCUGAGGAAUUGGGCGAGGGCGGCGGCGGCAGAAGGAGCUCUCGGCUCCGGGCGCGUGACUGCGCGAGGCGGAUCAUGAGCCUCCCCAUGGAGGAGCGGGUGAAGGUGCUCGACCUCCUGCAGCGCGACGACGCGGCGCUCACCAUAUCCGACUACAACGACAUCCUCUCCGCGCUGGCGAGGGGCGGAGACUACGACUCCGCGAUGGCGCUCUUCAGGGCGCUCGAGCCCAACGGCACCGUCGCGCCAGACGCCCACUCCUUCGCCAUCGCCGUGCAGUGCUUCUGCAGGAAAGGCGCGCCCGACGAGGCCAAGGAAACGCUCGACGAAAUGCUCGCGCGCGGCUACCUCCCCACGGUGUCCGCCUUCUCCGCCGUGGUGGGCUGCCUCUGCAAGCGCGGGCGCGUCACCAGGGCCAUGGAGGUGUUGGACGCCAUGCGUGGCGUCGGGUGCGAGCCCACCAUCCGCACCUACAACAGCCUCAUCGGUGGGCUCUGCUACGUCGGCCGCCUGGAGGAUGCGCGGGACCUCCUCAACAAGCUCAAGGACUCGCCCAAGCAGACGGCGGACAUCUACACCUUCACCAUUGUUCUCGACGGCUUCUGCAAGGUCGGCCGGACGGAUGACGCCAUGGCCAUCUUCGAAGACGCCGUCCGGACAGGCCUCUCGCCGACGAUAUUCACCUACAACGCCCUGCUCAACGGCCACUGCAAGGAGGGGCAUCUGCUGAAAGCGUACAACCUGCUCAUGGAGAUGUGCGACAACGAAACAUGUCCGCCAGACAAGAUCAGCUUCAGCAUCGUGCUGCCGGCGCUGCUGCGGGCCGGCGAGAUCUCCGCGGCGUGGCAGACGUUCAAGCGCAUGGAACACGCCGGGUUAGAAGCGGACGGCCGCGCGCUGGACACGCUCACCCGGGGCCUGUGCCGGCAGUGCGCGGCGGACAUCUCGGCCCUGAGGGACGCCAAGGAGGUGUUCGGCAAGCUGGUGUCGUCCGGGCACGAGCCGGUGUCGUACACCUACUGCCUUAUGGCGCAGGCCCUGGCGCGCGGCGGCGAGGUGGACGCGGCCGUCGCCAUCCUGGACGACAUGGCCCGCAAGGGGUACGCGCUUCGGAAGCGCGCGUACACGGACGUGGUGCGCGCGCUGUGCGACCGGAGCAGGACGAGCGAGGCCGUCCGGGUGCUGGCCGUGGUGAUCGCGAGGGACUUCGUGCCCGGCCGGAACGCGUUCGACGCGCUGCUCGGCGAGCUCAGCCGGCAGGGGAGGUGGCCCGACGCCAUGGCUGUGUACGCCGCUGCGGUGAAGCGUGGCGUCGUGGUUUCGCUGAAGCGUCACAUCAAGGAGGCGCUGGUUCGGGAUCAGGAGGAGUCACCAGCGCAGUUGGGCGUCCCGCAGUGAGCAAUUGUACUCAGAAAUCGCAACAUUUGCGGGACAUUAAUUCCAGGUGUGACAGCGAGGAAUUGCAUUUGGUUUCCCUUGCCGAAGAUAGUGCGAUUUGACGUCCAAAUUCCUCCUGGAUUUUCGAGCAACAAGCGGUGGCACAGUGGCGGUAUCCGCAUGCGAUUGAUUUCGGUGUUGUUUUGAGAGGAAGGCACUAGUAGAAAAGGUUAUUACUGUCGAAUCGAUCGCCUUAAUCGGCCGAAGCAUCGUUCGGUAGUGAGAAGGGUGGGUUGCAGAUUGUUUUCAACUUGUAAUUAGACGGAUAGAAAACUUGAGGGGACUUUGUUGUUUCAGGUUUGUUCUGGACUCUUGGCGCUCUCUGUUCUACAAGGUUACCUUGAGUAACUCUACUGAUGUAUCCGAAGAUUCAGAACCUCAA